UCACAGAACAGCAUUGAAGCUCGCACAAAUACAGCGGGUAAGAACAGACAGGAAACGAUGGCCGCAAGGCUUCUCUUCUGGCUUUCUCUGUGCGGACUUAAAGCCUCAAAUCUUCGAGCAGACUUGUUGGGCAGGCUGAAUAUCACGGCACUAAAAUCGACAGCGUAUGAUGAGCUGUUUGCAGACGGGCAACGCGCGUAUCGAGAUGAAAAGUGGAAUGAAGCCAUCGAACUCUUAGAGAAGGCAAUCGCUGAUUAUAGAAACGAAAAACAAGUGAAGAUUCAUUGUAGAUUGCGAUGUCGGGAGAGAUUCCAGGCAUCAUCGUCUCAUAACACAAUCAGCGACUUGGAGCUAAAUUAUUAUCGUUACACGAUUUAUUCUCAUAAGUGUAGUCAGCAGUGCAGAGAAAAAUAUCUUGGUAAGCGAACCAAGGUCUCAGUCGCGAUUCGGGACAACUUCGAGAAAAGGCUUCCGUAUGGAUAUCUUCAAUUUGCCUACUACAAGGCUGGAAGGACAGUGGAUGCUGCCAGAGCAGCUUAUACGUGCACAGAAACUCAACCACAAGACAAGGCCAUGGCAGACAAUGUAAAGAUUUACAAGCAAAUGCCUGGUGUUGCAGAAGCUGGGAUUUUCUCUUUAGAACCCACACUUCACCAAGAGAGUUAUUUCAAUGCUGCCCGGCUUUACGAAGAAGAACAGUGGAGUGAUGCCAUCCAGGGAUUUGAACAAGCUCUUGAAGAGUACUACACUGCAUAUGACAACUGCAAAAUAAUGUGUGAAGAGGAACGCGAGAAAAACAAGAUUUUAGGCAGAUCUGGCUUGUUUGGGGUUCAUGUUGACAUUUUGGAAUGCCGCAAUGUAUGCCCUGACAAACUGAGGGAAGUGAAGGGGAUUUUUGUGAAGAAUUAUCUUGCAAGACAUUACAACUAUCUUCAGAUGGCAUAUUUUAAAGUGGGAAAGUUAUGGGAUGCUGCUGGAUGUGCUGCAAGUUAUCUGCUGUUGGAUCCAGAUGAUGAUACAAUGAUUGACAAUUUGAGAUACUUCAAACAGGAACUGGGAGAUCAGAGCUUAAAAAUAACAGCAAGAAAGGCAGCAAUUCAGUAUUUCAAGGAAGCAUCAAUUGAGCGGAAACUGUUACAGAUGGCAAAGGUGUACAUGGAUGAGGCAGAUUUUGAUGACAGUGAUACCUGGUUUCAUGAUGGUCAGGAUGAUGAACCAAAAGAACAAGAAGUGAAACUGGAGGAUCUGGUAGAAGGGGAGGAAACUUACACUGUUGAGAAGCUCUGGGGUCUGGGACCAAUCAAGAAAGAACCACUAGUGGAGAAGCCAGAUGAUGUUGUAAAUUUUGAAAGAUAUAAGGGAUCAAAGAUUCUUAUGACUGAGGCUGACCUCAAUGGCACAUGGAGGGUUGCCGUGGAUGGAAUGGCAACUGAAAAGGAAUGCAAGAUGUUGAUUAAAUUAGCUGAGAAGACAGCCACACUUGGUGAUGGUUAUGAUCAACGGAACAAGGACGACAAGCCAUUCUCUUUCACUGAGAAAGAAACCUUUUCCGGCGUCACGAUACUCUCUGCUUCAAAGGCAGCUCGUCGAAAGGAAGUACCUCUAGAGGAAGUGGAGCUGUACUUCAACCUGAGCGAUAAAGUUCGGCAGUUUACCGAGGAUUAUUUUCAACUAGACACACCUUUGUAUUUUUCAUAUUCACAUCUUGUCUGCCGCACCUCGCUAAUGGACCCCAAUGAUCCCAAUCCAGGCUUCCAUUUGAGCCACCCAAUUCAUUCCGACAACUGUUUACUGAACCUUGAUGGACUAGGCUCUUGUCCCAAGCGGUCGCCAGCUUAUACGUGGAGAGAUUUCAGUGCUCUGCUGUAUCUGAAUGGCGAUUUCAAAGGAGGGGAGUUUCUGUUUGCUAAUCCUGAUGAUUCUGUUCAGGCUAAACUUAAACCUGAAUGCGGACGUGCCGUAGCUUUUUCAGCUGGACUGGAGAAUCUUCACGGUGUGGCCGGCAUUCGAGAGGGGCGCAGGUGCGCUCUGGCUCUGUGGUUUACUUUACGAAAAAAACAUGACGAACAACUUCGAAAAGUUGCCUGGGAAACUUUUCAGAUGGCAAAAGAGGAAAAGCGAUUGGAAGAAUUGCCUUUGUUCAAGCCUGAAGUGGCGGCACAUUCUGAACUCUAGCCGAAGCUUCCAUUUCGAAAAUUCAAAGUUUAUCCUGAGAUCAAGCCCUCCUUUUCAAGCAUGAAGCGUAGACGAUGAGAAUUAGUCAAGCGGCGAGUACAAGUCAAGCGAGGAGCAAACGGGGAGAACUUGUCUUCAGCCUAUUUACCAAACUGCUGAACAGAUGACUGUGGGCGGUGGGAAAGGGUUCUGACAUAUUCCUAGACGAGCGUAAAACUAGACUACUUCUUUUGCACUUUAUUAAACUUUGUUUUGUUUCAAGCCAGUUCUAGAGGCAAAGACCUUGAAGUGUCUGUCUUUUUUAGGUAACCACUGGAAGUAUGAGUUUCAUUUUUGCGGUUUCUUUUAAGAGAAGUUUCUCCUAUUCCUUGCCCCUAUUGAUCUAAUUUGUGAUCAUUCUGCGACGGAAGAAUUUGAAGUUGUUCUCGUGUGAUAGUGAAAGCAGUUCUCACUUUUUUCUUGCUUUGACAUUGACCGAUUUAUGUCCAAAAAUAGUCUGUCGUACGAAGUAAUUUUAUCCCUCCUGGAUACGUUCGCAUGUGCUGUGGGAAACAGCUGGUAUAACCCGGUUAUCGUGCAGAGUUUAAGAGGUAUGAUUAUACGUCAGACUUACUCUGAAACUCUGAUUGGUGGAGAGCAUACAUUCAAUAUACAAUAACGUGUGAAGUUGUCAUGAUAACGCAAUAUCUGCAGCAGGUAUUGGAUUAUCGUGUCGAGUUAAAAAUCUGCCUAGUUUGUAAGAUCCUCGUCCUAUAAGUGUCCUCAAACUUUUGCAGACUCAAACAUUUGCAGCUAGUUUGAAAAAUGUAUUAAAACAAAAUUAUUUAAUUCGGUUUCACAUGAUAUCAAGAAGGAUCCAACCUCGUGUCUGUGUUAUCUGCGUCAGCUUCUGGCUUCGACAGAUAACUCAGACGUCGGUAUUGAUAACUCGUAAUACCACGCUCAAACUCAACUAAUAAUGGCUUAAUACCCAGAUGUGCUGGUAAACAAGUAUUUUCUUA